CCAGGACAGUCCCGUCAUUUAGGUAUCUGCGGACGUUCCAACUCCAAGUACCCAACCCUGCGAAAGCUCCAAAAACCCUUCGCGCGAGCAGAGUGUAGGAGAGUCUAGAUGGCGAAUCUCUCAGUCCUCGUAAUCCUUACCUUGAUUUCAAUCCUUCCCUAUGUCUCUCUGUCCUUCUCUCCCGAUUCACCAACCGAUCGGGGAGUCCUUGUCUUGCUGGAUGACUUCUCCGUCAAAUCCUCACACUCCAUUUUCUUCAGCUCCCUCAAAUCUCGCGGUUUCGUCCUUGAUUUCAAGCUUUCCGACGACCCCAAGCUAUCGCUCCAACGUUACGGCCAGUACCUCUACGAUGCAUUGAUCCUCUUCUCUCCAUCUACUGAGAAGUUUGGAGGAGCUCUGGAUUUGGGGGCCGUGCUUGACUUCGUUGACUCCGGUCACGACUUGAUUGUCGCGGCGGAUGCAUCUGCCUCUGACUUGAUCAGAGGUAUUGCCAACGAAUGCGGGGUUGAUUUCGAUGAGGAUUCAUCAGCUAAGGUUAUUGAUCACAAUAGCUAUGCAGUCUCGGACAAUGAUGGAGAUCAUACUUUGAUUGCCAGUGAUAAUUUUAUUCAAUCCGAUAUUAUCCUUGGAAAAUCAAAAAUUGAGGCCCCUGUACUCUUUAGAGGGAUUGCACAUUCAGUGAAUCCAACCAAUGGCAUGGUUUUGAAAGUCCUCUCAGCUUCUGAUUCAGCAUAUUCGGCCAACCCAAUUUCAAAAUUGUCGAAUCCCCCAUUGCUUACUGGAUCUGCCAUCUCGUUAGUUUCAGUUCUACAGGCUAGAAAUGAUGCGCGUGUUAUGAUCACUGGCUCUUUAGAUAUGUUCAGCGAUCGGUUUUUCAAAUCAGACGUGCAGAAAGCCGGAAACCCCAAAUAUGAAAAGUCUGGUAAUGAACAGUUUGUGAAUGAAAUCAGCAAGUGGGUUUUCCAUGAGAGAGGCCAUCUAAAGGCUAUUAAUAUUAGUCACCGCGAAGUUGGCGAAGCAGAUGAGCCUGCAAUGUAUAGAAUCAAAGAUGAUCUGGAAUUUUCUUUUGAGAUAUAUGAAUGGUCUGGAAAAAGCUGGGAGCCAUAUGUGGCCAACGAUGUUCAGGUCCAGUUCUAUAUGAUGAGCCCUUAUGUGCUGAAGACGUUAUCAACUGAUCAAAAGGGUCUCUAUCAUACAUCAUUCAAGGUCCCUGAUGUUUAUGGAGUUUUCCAGUUCAAAGUUGAGUAUCACAGACUUGGAUACAGUAGCUUAUCACUCUCCAAACAGAUUCCUGUGCGGCCUUUCAGACACAAUGAAUACGAGAGAUUCAUAACAACAGCUUUUCCCUAUUAUGGAGCUUCUUUUACCAUGAUGGCUGGCUUCUUUAUCUUCAGCUUUGCAUACCUGUUCAACAAGUAAAGAGUGCAUUAGCGAGGAAGUUUGCAUGUGGGGAUUUUUCUUAGAUCAACCCUUCUAGAGGUAAAGGGAGUGUUUUGGACAGAUUUUUGCCUGCAAAACAUGAAGUUAUACCAUAUAACUGAGUAUCAAUUACAUCUGCAGGCUCCUACUUUCUCAUAAACUAUUGUCGGGAAUGAUUAGGAACUGCAGUCCGUUAGAUCUCCUCCAUUCAGCUUUAUAUCUUCAUGUUUAUAUAAUUUAAGACACUGGAUUAUAACUGUAGCAAGACAUUAGUUCCUUUCUUUGGGAUAAACUUAGAAAAAAGACUAGAAGAGAAUGGGAGAAAAGAAUAUGAAUUUAUUUUGCUGUCUGGAUGUUUUUAUUGUUUUAUGCCGAUAAAAAAAGUUUAAUGUUUGAUUGAACAACCAUAUGGGUGGGUCUAUUUUUGGUUGUCAAGUCUUUUGUUGGAAUACAAUGUAAUACUGAUAAA